ACGCAUCUACCUUAUAUGAUCUGACCAGCUCUCAUUCUGAUCAAUACGGCCUGCAUAGCCUCCCCGGCUCCCUUCUCUCUCUCUCUCUGUGAUCAUCUUCCAGAAGCUCCCUCCUUCCCUGACCCCCGGGGGGGAAUGACGCUCCAAUCCAUUGAGCUUCCGGCCUUAGGGAAAAACCAGCAAGUACUACCCAAGUCUCCGAAGAUAGUACUAGUCGUGAUCUUUACCCUCGUAUUCCUCGUAGUCAUCCCCUACUACCCUUUGCUAAAGUACCCUCUAUUGCUUGUCAACAAUUCGCCACCUGCAUCUGCAUAUCAUGAUUCGUCUAAGGUGGAUGAUUUAGCAAGUAUACCGUCCAGCGACACUUGCGACAUAUUUUCUGGAGAAUGGAUUCCGAAUCCCAAGGCUCCUUAUUAUACAAACACGAGUUGUUGGGCAAUACAUGAGCAUCAAAAUUGCAUGAAAUAUGGGAGACCCGAUACAGAAUUCAUGAAGUGGAGGUGGAAACCAUCUGGGCGGUGUAACCUUCCUAUAUUCAACCCAGCACAGUUCCUAGAAUUGGUCAGAGGAAAGUCAUUGGCCUUUGUUGGAGACUCUGUUGGACGAAACCAAAUGCAAUCCUUGAUCUGCCUCCUCUCUAGGGUAGAAUAUCCUAUAGAUGUUUCAUACACAACGGAUGAAAAGUUCAAACGUUGGAAAUACACAAGCUACAACUUCACCAUGGCCAGUUUUUGGACUCCCCAUUUGAUAAAAUCCAAAGAAUCAGACAGUAACGGCCCAACACACACGGGCCUCUUUAAUCUCUACCUUGACGAGUUUGACGAGGAUUGGACAACCCAAGUCCAAGAGUUUGACUACCUCAUCAUCUCCGCCGGGCAUUGGUUCUUUCGGCCAAUGGUAUUCUACGAAAAUCAUCGAAUAGUUGGGUGCCACUAUUGUCUCCUCGAUAACGUUACCGACCUAACAAUGUACUAUGGCUUCCGAAAAGCAUUUCGGACCGCUUUUAGAGCCAUUAAUAGCUUAAAGAACUAUAAGGGUGUAACGUUUCUCAGGACAUUUGCACCCUCACAUUUUGAAAAUGGGCUGUGGAACCAAGGGGGAAACUGUGUAAGAACUAGGCCAUUUAAGAGCAACGAGGCAAAAUUGGAGGAUCAAAAUUUAGAGUUAUACAUGGCUCAAGUGGAGGAGUUCAGGAAGGCAGAAAAAGAAGGGAAAAAGAAGGGUUUGAGGUAUAGAUUACUGGAUACAACACAGGCAAUGCUAUUGAGGCCAGAUGGUCACCCUAGCAGAUAUGGGCAUUGGCCUCAUGAAAAUGUGACAUUGUACAAUGACUGUGUGCACUGGUGCUUGCCAGGGCCCAUCGACGCGUGGAGCGACUUCUUGCUGGAGAUGUUGAAGAGGGAGGGCCUGAGGUCCCAUGAGGAGAGGCUCCAAUUUUUAAGCGACAGAAAAAUGCAAGUCAGAUAGAUCCUCAUCUAUUAAUUGUGAUCUAUAUGUACUUGAUUUCUUUCUGUGUCCUUAUUGCAACAUAUUUUUAUUUAGAAUUGUGAUCAUCAACAAGUACCAUGAUCCCAAAUUAUUUUUAUAUGUACAUGGUGGGUACUGAAUAUUAAUGGAGAUAGAAGAAACUAAUGUCUUGUUUGUUUUCGUAAAUGAGAUGAGAUAAAUUGAAAUAGAUUGA